AGGCCUCGGCCCCCGCCCCCGCCGGGCUCGGGGAGCGGGUUCCGUCGCCUGUCGGCCCGGAUGGGCGCGCUGCGGCCCGCCGACAGCAGCGCCGCCCGCACCGAGCUCCACCUCCUGUUCGACGAGCUCAUCUCCGACAACUACAGCGAGGGCGGAGGCGUCGGCGGCGGGCCCGAGGAAGUUUGCGCUUUACUUGUUCAAGCCUGCCAAUUAGUGCCUUUUAAUCAGGAGCACCUCGUCAGCAAAGUUUUUCAUCUUAUUCACCAUUUGCUUAAUAGAUUGCAGGUGAUUGUCGACGAACAGAACUUGGAUUUCCUUAUGGCCUACACCAUCUCCGCGUUUCAGCAGUGCAGCUCUUGGACGCACCUAGAAAUCCUUCAGGCUCUGGCCACCCUCGUCUACUACAAUGGCCCUAAAUGUCAGAAGUUCCUUCCGGACUUGCUGGGUGAAACUGGAAUCUUGAUCAAGUUGACUGAUUCAGUGCAAUCUGACCCCGAACUCAUGAGGGCCGCAGUGCAUUGUGCGGCAAACUUAUGUCUCAGUGUGCCAGGACAACCGUAUUUGGACGAAGCUUACAGAAACGUCUGCUUCCAAACUUUCCUAACUAUUUUACAGUCUUCAAAAGUCUCUGGUAUGGAUGAUAUCCUCUUUUGCAUGUUGUUGCAGAAUGCAAUGAAAGGUAUCCAGUCCCUCCUGAAUGGUGGGAAAAUGAAACUUACAGAGACCGAUCAACUUGGGUCUCUUCUUGCAGUGCUCAAGAAAUACAUGUUUCACGGACUUCCCGGACUGAAUAUAGAAAUGCCUGCAGUUUUAUACCCUGCUCCACUGCCUCAGUACGACGGGAGAUCACCUGUCAAACAAGAGCAGUCGGAGUCAAGCGGUUCGAGAACGACAGGGAGCAAAAGGAAAAAAGCAAAAGCGAAACAAAAGAAAGGCCACUCCGGGGAAGAAGCGAAAGAGGAAGCGGAUGACGAGGCGGGAGCCGAGCCGAACUGCGGCCUGGAAAAAUUGAAACUCCACGGAGGGGAAGGCCAAGGGGCCGCUUGCUUGGCUUCCCAGCAUUUGCUGCUAGAAGGAAACAGGCCUGCAGGGAAGGAUCGCGGCUCUUCUUCCUCCUCCAAUUGGAAGAGGAUCAGCAGCAGCGAGUCAGAUUAUUCCGAUGCCGAAGGCGGUAUGCAGAGCAAAAUGAGAUUUUACCAAGCCAAAGUUCGCCAAGGGGCAUUAACCUGUUUCCUCUCCACUAUCAAAUCGAUAGAGAAGAAAGUUCUCUAUGGUUAUUGGUCAGCCUUUGUGCCCGAUUCACCUGGAAUAGGCAGCCCGCAAUCUGUGUCCUUGAUGACGAUUUCCUUGAAAGAUCCUUCUCCAAAGACUCGUGCCUGUGCUCUUCAAGUUUUGUCAGCUAUCUUGGAAGGCUCAAAGCAGUUCCUUUCCGUUGCCGAAGACACAAGUGACCACAGAAGGGCAUUUACGCCCUUCUCUGUAACCAUUGCUUCCAGCAUCCGAGAGUUACACCGAUGUCUUCUCUUAGCCUUGAUGGCCGAAUCCUCCUCUCAGAACAUCACGCAAAUAAUUAAGUGCCUAGCGAAUUUGGUGUCCAAUGCACCAUAUAACCGUCUGAAGCCCAGCCUGCUGACUAAGGUCUGGAACCAGAUCAAACCUUACAUUCGCCACAAAGACGUUAACGUGCGGGUGUCGAGCCUCACGCUCCUGGGGGCUGUGGUGUCCGCCCACGCUCCUUUACCCGAAGUGGAACUGCUUUUACAACAGCCCAAUCCUUCCGUCUCGAGUGGCAGCAGCGGCCCUGCCGCUUCCCAUCACCUCAGCUCUCCCUACCCGCCGAGGAGCAACCCCCACGGCGAGGCUCAAGAGAAGACCCCACAGACCUCGGCAGGCUCCUCGUCGGAGCCCUGCUGGCUUCUCCGCCUCUGCGUCUCCACCGUCGUGCUGCCCAGGGAAGAUCCCUUCUCCGACGGGGAGACGAGCUGUGCAGCCGGAGGAGGGCUGGAACCGUCCCCCGUUCGCCUGGAAUCUUUACAGGUGUUAGCCCAUCUCGUGAAGGGCUAUUUUCCAAUGGCUCAAAGCUACUUGAUUGAGCUUGGCGAGGUGGUGUGCAAAUGCAUGAAAGAAACCGAUCCAUCCAUUCAGCUUCAUGGAGCAAAGCUCCUAGAGGAACUGGGCACGGGCUUAAUACAACAGUAUAAACCAGAUUCUACUGUGAGUUCUGAUCAGAGAGUACCUGUGAACUUGGUGGUGAUGUUUUGGACAGCGAUGCUGAAUGGUCCGUUACCUGGGGCUCUUCAGAAUUCCCAGCAUCCUACCCUCCAGGCUAGUGCCUGCGAUGCCCUCUCGUCUAUUCUACCGGAGGCCUUCGGCUGUCUGCCGAAUGAUGGGCAGAUCCUGUGCAUCACUGUGCUGCUGGGAUUAAACCACAGUAAGAAUCCCUUGGUGAAAGCCGCUGCCGCCCGGGCCCUGGGAGUCUACGUCCUGUUCUCGUGUCUAAGGCAGGAUGUGAUGUUUGUCGCAGAUACCGCCAACGCAGUACUGACGUCUCUUCAUGACAAGUCUCCAAACGUCCGCGCCAAAGCAGCCUGGUCACUGGGGAACCUGACGGACACCUUGAUUGUCAACAUGGAGACCUUGGGCCGGAGUUUCCAGGAAGAGUUCUCGGGGCUCCUGCUGUUGAAAAUGUUACGGUCAGCAACCGAAGCAUCCAAAGAUAAGGACAAGGUGAAGAGCAACGCAGUCCGGGCCCUGGGCAACCUGCUCCAUUUCCUCCAGCCCUAUCACGUAGUGGAGCCCAGGUUCAAAGAGCCCAUCGAGGAGGCCGUCCAGGCCCUCAUCUCCACCAUCCUCAGCGACGCCACGAUGAAAGUGCGGUGGAAUGCCUGCUACGCCCUCGGAAACGUAUUUAAAAACGCCGCUCUGCCGCUCGGGACGGCCCCGUGGACCGCCCAGGCCUACGGGGCUCUGACGUCCGUGGUGAAGUCCUGUAAGAACUUCAAAGUGCGCAUCAAGUCGGCCGCGGCCCUGUCCGUCCCCGGCCGGAGGGAGCAGUACGGCUCCGCCGAGCAGUACCGCCUGGUGUGGGAGGCGUUGGUCACGGCCCUGCAGAGGAGCGAAGACACCCCCGACUUUCUGGAGUUCAGAUACUGCGCCAGCCUCAGAACCCAGAUCUGCCAGGCCCUGCUUCACCUGCUGAGCCUCGCCCGCGCCUCAGAUCUGCCGGCCAUCCAAGCCACGGUCCGAGAGGACGGCCCCGUGGUCCGAGCUUACGUCCUGCAGCACCUGAAGCCGGGGGCGGAGGGAGCCGGGCCCUCCUCCCCCCAGGAGAGAGGCGGCUCGUUGAAGAGGGCUUUGGAGCAUAUCCGCGACAUUCAGGAACAAGUAGCAAGCAAGGCUAAAAUUACCACGGUGGCUUACCUAGAGGGUAUCCUGGCCACCUGCGGCGACACGAUCGAGUCACGAGCGGCUCCUCAGUAGAAGGCGACGGCAGCUUAUCGAGGGGGAGAGGGGCAAACUGAAGAGGACGAGAAAGAAAAACGUCCCAAGGAGGCUCACUUUAGCCGUCAAAAUCCGCGUGGAGCCAAGGCAAGAACGUCGGGGCAACGUGAGAGCCUCUCUGAAAUGUCACCUUAAUUCCAAAGGGCCGCCUCAAGCAGCCACCUGACGAGGGGCCACGCUCCACGGUGACGGUCCGCGGUGUUGGAAGCUCGUCCUCCUGGGUUCCAGCUCCCGUGGGGGGCGGGGAGACGGGAGACGUUCGAAGGCAGCUGCCUGUAGACCAGAAUCCCAGCAGAGUGGGAGUGGCCCAGCGAGCUUCCCCUGAGCCGUGGAUUGCCACCAGUGUUUGAUUUUCCUUUUACAUUUGACUCCCUGAAAUCUAGAGGGGAAGAAGCACAGAUUUCGGGCAGGUAUUCCAACUCACUCCUCUGCCAGCUCUCUUCUUCUGGGUCCUCGAGCCGCCUCCAGCCACGGCCGGUGGACGGAGUCUGGGCGAGGAGGCCCUCAGAGGAGCACCCCCAGUGACCACCAUCCAGGAGACAGGCUGAAAAACCCUCGGAGAGGAUUCAGCCGAAUGGGAGGGGGGUGGAAAAGCCCCUCUGGUCACUCCCUCUGGCUGGAAGACAGGUGGAAGGUUUCCAGAGGGAGCCCACAAAGUCCUGGGGGUUGGGAAGAAGGAAGGAAUCGGGAGGAGGGACCUUAGGUGGGGAAAAGAGAAGGUGAACCCUUGCAAGAAACACACCAGGAAGAAAGGGCUUGGAAAAUUCCCACAAGCACAUCUCCACACAAUCACACGCACACCCACAAAAUCGAGCCAUUUCUGCCAAUUUUCUCAGCAUGAAAUGAGGUGGAAUCAUAUUUCAAAUGUGCCAUCGAGUCCCAUAUCAUACAAUGCCCCCAGAUUCACAAUUCGGACAAUCAGUGGUAUUCAUUGAGCGCCUGCUGUGUGCAGUCCACUGUAUUAAGCACUUGGGAGA